AUGGAAAACAACAUAACCACAAUUUCUCGUGAAGAGCUGGAAGAACUCAGAGAAGCAUUCAGUAAAAUAGAUAUUGACAAUAGUGGGUAUGUCAGUGAUUAUGAGCUUCAAGAUCUUUUUAAAGAAGCAAGCCUUCCCUUGCCAGGCUACAAAGUGCGAGAGAUUGUAGAAAAAAUUAUAGCAGUAACAGAUAGCAACAAAGAUGGGAAAAUCGACUUUGAAGAAUUUGUGUCGGUUAUUCAUGAAUUGAAAAGCAAAGAUAUUAGCAAAUCAUUCCGAAAAUCAAUAAACAAAAAACAGGGUAUUACAGCGAUUGGAGGAACUUCACCAAUUUCCAGUGAGGGGACACAGCACUCUUAUUCAGAGGAAGAAAAGGUUGCUUUUGUUAACUGGGUAAAUAAAGCUCUUAAAGAUGAUCCUGACUGUAAGCAUCUCCUUCCCAUGAAUCCAUCAGAUGCCAGUCUUUUUAAGUCACUUGCAGAUGGCAUCCUCCUUUGCAAAAUGAUUAAUUUAUCCCAACCAGAUACAAUUGAUGAAAGAGCUAUUAAUAAGAAGAAGCUCACUCCUUUCACUAUUUCUGAAAACCUAAAUCUUGCCCUGAAUUCUGCAUCAGCUAUUGGCUGUACAGUGGUCAACAUUGGAUCACAAGAUCUAAAGGAAGGAAAACCACACUUGGUAUUAGGUCUCUUGUGGCAGAUCAUUAAAGUUGGUCUUUUUGCUGAUAUUGAGAUCUCCAGAAAUGAAGCUCUUAUUGCUCUGCUAAAUGAAGGGGAAGAACUAGAGCAGCUACUGAAACUUUCCCCAGAAGAGCUCUUGCUACGUUGGGUGAACUAUCAUCUGGCCAAUGCAGGAUGGCAGAAAAUCAACAACUUCAGUGAAGACAUUAAGGAUUCAAGAGCCUACUACCACCUGCUGAAUCAGAUUGCACCCAAAGGAGACAAAGAUGAUGAAAUUCCCAUUAACAUUGACCUUUCAGGGUUUAAUGAGAAAAAUGACUUGAAGAGGGCUGAAUAUAUGCUUCAGCAGGCAGACAAACUGGGCUGCAGACAGUUUGUCACUCCAGCUGAUGUAGUUGCAGGCAACCCUAAACUUAACUUGGCUUUUGUUGCAAAUCUCUUUAACACAUACCCAGCCCUGCACAAGCCUGACAGUUCCAUGUAUGAUCUCAAUUUACUAGAAGGAGAAAGUAAGGAAGAGAGGACAUUCCGGAACUGGAUGAAUUCUCUGGGUGUAAGCCCAUAUAUUAACCACUUGUACAGUGACCUUGCUGAUGCUUUAGUGAUCUUCCAGCUGUAUGAAAUGAUUCGUGUGCCAGUCGAAUGGAACCAUGUUAACAAACCUCCGUAUCCUGCACUUGGUGGUAACAUGAAAAAAAUUGAGAAUUGUAAUUAUGCAGUGGAAAUUGGGAAGACAAAGGCCAAAUUCUCCCUGGUUGGUAUUGCUGGACAGGACCUAAAUGAUGGCAAUGCAACUCUGACCUUGGCAUUGGUGUGGCAGCUGAUGAGAAGGUAUACUCUUAAUGUACUAUCAGACCUUGGAGAGGGGGAAAAAGUAAACGAUGAAAUUAUUAUUAAAUGGGUAAAUCAAACUCUUGCAAAUGCAAACAAGAAAACCUCAAUUACCAGCUUCAAGGACAAAUCUAUUAGCACUAGUUUACCUGUACUAGAUUUAAUAGAUGCCAUUGCACCAAAAGCAAUUCGUCAAGAAAUGGUCAAGAGAGAAGAUCUUUCUGAACAAGACAAAUUGAAUAAUGCUAAAUAUGCCAUUUCAGUUGCUCGAAAGAUUGGUGCUCGUAUUUAUGCACUGCCAGAUGAUCUAGUAGAAGUGAAGCCAAAAAUGGUUAUGACAGUGUUUGCAUGCUUGAUGGGAAGAGGACUGAACAAAAUAAAAUAA